AGUUACUUUCACGUCAACGACAGCGACGACCACGAUCACCACGGCAGCAGCAGCAGCAGCAGCAGCAGCAACGAGGGCAGAGUACCCUCUGAGACUAUCUUCUUCGAGCUGACUGCGACCCCUCGAAUCACUCGCUCUCACCAUGCCAGCAGUGUCAUUCCUCCCAUUUCUCCACUCUAUUCCUUUCGCAACGCGCAUAUUGACGCUCACACUUGUCAUCACGACUUUGGCUGGGAUAUUCUUGACGAACCUCAUUGAAGAGAAUACGGCUGUGGGGUCAAGAAUCGAAUCACCGCAUCAUGGAUUACCCUGGAGAGUGUAUCUUAAUUGGUUGGUCCUGGUUCCAGGGACGAGCUGGAAAUUUCCUUGGGUGUUGGUGACAAGUGGAUUUGUGGAAUUGAGUAUAGUCGAGCUCGUCAUGUCCUCUGUAUCACUCCUACUCGCAGCACGGUAUCUCGAGCGCAUCUGGGGAGGUCGUGAACUUGUCCGAUUCGUCCUCGUGACCAUCUUUGCAUCCAAUGUCAUCGCCUUUGGUUUCAGCUGGUUGACUUAUUUCGUCCUACAAGAUGAGAAUUAUUCCUUGUACGGCGUCCCGUAUCACGGUAUGACGGCGCUUCAAGUUGGGUUCCUGGUGGCUUUUACUCAGCUCGCUCCGGAACACCAGCUACAGCUCUUUGGGCAGUUCAAAGUGCGGGUCAAGACCCUUCCCGGUAUCUACCUCCUCAUCUCCAACGUCCUCGUCUUCCUGCUUGGACCUUCCCCUUACAUGCUCGUUCAAUUUGGAUUCUUCGUCGCUUGGGUCUAUCUUCGAUUCUACAAAUUGUCAGAGGAUGGUCUCUCGCGUGGAGAUCGUAGUGAGACUUUCGCGUUCCAGUACUGGUUCCCGCCUCCCGUUAGACCGUAUAUCGCCAAAUUGGGCAAUCUCGUCUUCUCAUUAGCCACCCGAUUCAAGCUCGUUCCCGCUUGGGACGACGCUCAAAGUUCAUCAUCCUAUGCCAUGUUACCUGGACCUGGAUCAGCCCGUGCAGAAGCAGAGAGAAGACGCGCAUUGGCGCUCAAAGCCUUAGAUGCCAGGUUGGCCAGUGGACCGACGCCAGCUGCUGCUGCUGCUGCUGGCAGCGGAGGCGGAGGCGCCACAUCAGCUCCGACUACGAGCGCUCCGUCCGCUUCGUCAACAAGUGGACCUGCUGCUUCAACACCAAGUAUCAAACCGGACGAGAGUAAAGUGAAAGAUUAGAUCUGUCCGUCGAUUCAAUGUAGCAUGCAUAUCUCGCGUCCCAUAC